ACCUACGCGUUUUCAAAUGUGUUACUUUUGAUUCCUCCCUUUAGCGAGCGUUGCUGACAGAGUGUGCAGACAUUACUAUAAUAAUUAUCAUUAUAAUUUAUCUAUCUAGUGUGAUUUUCCACUGUGUUUAUUAUGUGGAGAGUUCAGUCGCGUUGGAGGGCUAUUAAUGGUGGUGGUCGGAUUUAGAAACCAUGUUGAUAAGUCAGUUGGUUAGCAUUGGGCUGCUAGAAGGAGAAACCAGACAUUUAUUAGCGCUGCUUCUGCUGCUGUAGCUGCAGUCAACUGACUUUAAUCGAUAUUAAAGCUUCAUGAUCAUUUUAUCCAGUUAGAUAAGUAGUUUGGUAUCGAUUGGUAUUGUAUUCUACACAGGGCUGGGGACGCAGAUGGAGGUGGAGAUAGAGGUGGAGAUGGAGCAGACAGGCUUGAGAGAGAAUCCUCCCGGCUCUCUGGCUGUCCAAAGACCAGAAAAUUGUGAAAAAGGUCUUGGAGAAAGAAUAGAAGAUUGUGGUUUGCACUGUAAAGACAGAGAUGUUGAUGGAGAGUCUGCGAAAAUAGAAGAGACUGAAUCGUGUGAAGUGCAAGAUCAUAACCACCACCAUCAACAACAACAACAGGAAGCAGAUGAGGAGCUGGACCCCAGAAUACAGGAGGAGCUGGAGCAUCUGAAUGAAGCCAGUGAGGAGAUCAACCAGCUGGAGCUGAAACUAGAGGAAGAGAGGUCAAGCUACAGAAAAAUAUUUACUGAUUCUGCCAGGAAGCUCAAUGCACUGAGCUCUCAACUGGGCUCUUGCAUUGAGAAAGCCAGACCUUACUAUGAGGCACGGAGAUUAGCUAAAGAGGCCCAGCAGGAGACCCAGAAGGCUGCGCUUAGAUACGAGAGGGCCGUUUCUAUGCACACGGCUGCACGGGAGAUGGUGUAUGUGGCUGAACAGGGCCUUGGUGCAGAUAAGACUCUGGAUCAAACCUGGCAAGAGAUGCUUAAUCAUGCCACUGCUAAGGUGAACGAGGCCGAGGACGAGCGACUGCGGAGUGAACGAGAGCACAUGCGGGUUACCCAGCUGUGUCAGGCAGCCGAGGCUCGAGUACAGAUCCUCCAGAAAUCCCUCAAGCGGACCAUUAUCAAGUCGAAGCCUUACUUCGAACUCAAAGUCCAGUUUAAUAUUGUAUUAGAGGAGCACAAAUUAAAGGUAACUCAGUUAGAGGAACGUGUGAGUGAAGUGAAGAAGCAUUACUCCUACACUCUGCAGCGCUUGGAGAAAAUCAGCGAGGAGAUCCAUGCACAGAGAGGACCGGACCAUUCUGAGAACGGAUCUGACAAAUCCUUCAAAACACGCAGUCCUCCUAUAGGUGCCGAGGCGGUAAUUACUACAGGAACUGAAGGUGGACACUGUGGAGGACGCAAUAAGUCAAACGAAUGGGUGGACGGCCAAGAGUCUAAGACACAAGAGUGGGUGGAAAGACAUAUAGAGUCUGGCUGGUGGAAGGGGGAAAAACAGAGACCAUUAUCUGGAGUGGGAUCGGACUCCACUUCUGUUUUUAGCUUUAAAACUAUAGCUUCAGAUUUGGAGAAGUGCGACUCUGUUGAGCAUCUCGGCCAGCUGAGCGACUCUGUUAGUCUUUCUGGAGAAGAGGAGGAAAAGGGGAAAGAGAGGUGUGAGAAGAUUGGAGAAGGGGAAAAAGAAAAGGGCAAAAAGAUGGAUUUUGCCGAGCUUGAGAAGCAAGAGCAGCUUUUAAAGCAACAUCACCGGAGUGUGAGUUUGUGAGUACGGCUCACUUUGUGCUCACAUGACUGGAUCUAUUUAAGAAGGAGGGGGUGAAUUGGUGGUACUUGUAGAGAUUUCCACAGUAUACAACAUGUAUCAGAAUAUUCAGCAAAGAUAACAGUAACAGUCAGUUACACCUAAUAGUUUUUUUUUUUUUUUAAACAAAUGUUUAACAUUUGGAAAAAUUCAUUCAUUUAUAACUGAGGAAAAAAAAAAUCAUUCACCUUUGGUAGCUGCUUCAUCCUGGAUAAGGUGGAGGAUCUGGACAACACUGCAUUUAAUGCAGGAACACAUCCUGGAUAGAACGGCAGUCCAUCGCAGGACACCGUUCGCACACACAUUCUCACGGUUUACACCUAGAGCCAAUUUUUCAUAGGAGAUAUGUUUUGGGAGGUCUAAAGAAACCAGAAAACUCAGAGAAAACCUACACAAGACUACACAGGGAGAACUUGUAAUAUCUGAUGUGUGAAAAAAAGUAAUGUACAAUCAGCUACAUGUUACUGUGAGCAACAUUUUCACAAUAUGCUUUUCUCAAAGUAGGACAAAUAUCAUCCAUACUUUUAUAAUGCUGACACACUCCCAUAUAAAUCAAGUAACAAUUUCAUAUUGAUGUUUGUUUGAAGGGAAUUUUACUUUAAGCAUUUACUAGGAUGACAUGUUUACGCUAUAUAUUGUAGGCCACAAUACAUCAGACUUGAUUUUAUUACACUUCUAACAUGUGACUGAGUUAUAAUGUACUGCACUAAAAUAGUUAUCAAUGCUGCUCCGCUGCAAAUUUCAUUUGAGCAGUACUGACCAUGUCUUCAUCAGUUUUCUCAUCUGUGAGAACAUUAACCCUGGAACUGCACUCUGCACCAGUAGAGGAAUUAGAAAGAAAUAGACUUCUUUGUGAAUAACUUGAUGAUGAUGGAGCAAGCUCCAGUCUAAUGAGACUGAACCCAGUAUAAUUUUGUGCAACGGUUCAGCAAGUAAUUAGAAUGCAGUGGCAAACACACUUUGAAAUAUAUUAUGAAAGGUGAGAUGUUCACAGACCCCCUGGGAGGCAGAGGUUGUCGUUAGUGCUGAUAGUAACAGCCAAAACUGUGAAUUAAUGCAUGAAAACAAAUUGAACAUACCACCGAACACAAAACUGCUUUAGGAGAUCUUGUAGCAUUAUUAAAGUUUUUGAAAUCUUUGAUUAUUAAGCUUAAAGCUUAGGCAAUUAGACUUAAAACAAAUCCCGUACCAAGUAAUAAUUACUUAAUGAUUGAUUUUGGAGUUUUACACAAGCACAGUUUGGCUUUUUAAUAGAUAUUUACAGGAAGAACAUCAAAAUCCUUUCAUAAAUCAAAGAACACUGGGGUAUAAUAUUAAACUGACCAUAAACUUUUAUUCUGCGUUCAUUAUUUAAGUCUGAUUUUAAUCUGUACAAGCCUGUCAUCUCUCUUAAAAAAUAAAUAAAUAAAUAAAAUUGGCUAAUAAAAAGUGAAAUCUAGUAUUAAAAUAGCACAUAUCGAUUACAGCUGGAGUAUACUCAGAGUUCAACCGCAUUGUUUUAAAGGUAACUUGCAUUUUAAAAUGAUUUCUUUGAUUCGCAAACUGGAACUGACUCACCAGGCUAGACGAACGCUUUAAACGACAGCUGCUAAAAAGCAAUAAACAGCCGUCAAAAUUAAUUACCACUGCAUCCAAUUUACACCUCUUUAACCCAGACAGGCUUAAGGUCAUGAAGCUGGUAUUUUCUAUUUUUUUCACCAGCUGCAAAGUCAAAACAUUGGCUUGUAUGGGUGAAGUUAAUUUCUGUUUUACAAAAGUUCACAACCAUCCUAGUGUGAUUUUUGAAUGCAUGUUUAUUAGGGGUACGAAUUUCAAGCUUCCAUGUGAAAAGAAACAGUUUUGAGUCUUUUAAAGAAAGGAUCCGAUGACUGAUAGUAGUGAUUAUGCCAUAUAGUUUCAAUUAAUAAGAAGCAAUUUAAUAUUAGACAAUGCAACCGAAUUCGCUACGGUACAGUGUGGUACGAUUUGACUUUGUAUUGGAUUCUGUGGUAAAGCCAGUUUUCGAUUAGUGAAUGAUGAUGAAGCUGAGAACAUUUUCUUUUGAAAUCAGAGCUACAGUAUCUCCUUCAUAGCCUAUUUGAAAUAUUUACAGUUUACAUUUAUCAGCUUACAAGCAUGAAUUAUUUCUUCCACAUCAGAUAUAUAUCUCCUUUUUUUUUUUACCUGCAACCUUUAACCGACAAACUACAUAGGAAUAAACAACCUAUUAAAUCUGCUCAAAAGCAAUAAUGACCCACUGAUGACUACAUUCACAUGAUUAUCUUCAUAUCCUGUUUUUAUUUUUAAUUUUCUUGUGAAUAGGUUUCGGUACACCUUUUCCCACACUGCCCUUAAAGUAGAAAUGUAAAAAGCCUUAAAUGAGUGCAUCCUCUUUUAAACUGUAUAUUAUUCAGUAUAAAGGAUCUGUAAUAUCCUUUACAUCAGUUUUCGAUUCGAAUAUAGUUUGUGUGUAUCUAUAAGACAUGCUGCUCAGUAGAUUGCAGAGACAUUCUUCUUGAUUUUAAUCAUGCUGUUCAAUAUAUCGUAUAAGAAGUUCAUUUUCAAUCAGCAGCCGAAGUUUUGAUGUACAAUAUUUCAAAUAGUACAAUAUUCGAUAGUUAAAAAUUGAUGUGCUACGAUACAGCUGACUAUUGAUUAAUGGUAACUUUUUUUUACGUGUCGAUUAUUUAAAGCGGUCAUUGCUGUCUGUAUGCUGGAUUUUCGUGUUUUCUUAAAUAACGUGUGUGUGUGUAUAUAUUUUGUGGACCCUCGUCUGUAAGAAUUGUUUUUCAUGAAGAUGAUGGAUGCUUAUGCGCAUUGUCUGAAAGAACAAUACAUUAUUAUGCAUAAAGUUUAUGUAAAGAGGUACGCUUAUUGCAAUUGAAUUACAGCCUUUUCUGCA